AUGGCCUGCAUCCAGCAACAUCAUUUCCAACCACCGGUCCCACAAAAUAAUGACCCAGGUGGCCCUUCUAACGGCGAGGUUAUCGCAGUUUUGAAGACUCUUCCACAAGACGGUCUAUUCGCUGUUGCGGAUGACAAACAGAAGCGCGAGUUUCUUCGACAGCUAUAUGUGCCUCUUCGCAGACUGUUUAGUACCACGACAACUAGGUCCAAUGCGAAUCACGACCGAGUCAAAAGUGUUGAUCAUCUCGAGGUGCUUCCAACUCUACAUGAUCGUUUCCCCGCUUCGAGGAAAACCCCUUUGAGUUCUGGGAAAGGCUCAUUGAGUCUUUACCUCGAUAUAGCGAGCAAACAGACCGGACAACGUAUUCUGCGGAGGUUUGUGGCUGUCUCUACCUACAAGCUCUUUAGACGAGCAACUCCGACGUCAGAGUCUCGAGUGGUGAAGACAAGCGUGGAGCGAUUUCUGACUCGUGCGGGACUUUCUAUUUCGGAGAAUGAUGUUGACAAAUUCGGUGACAUCAUUCGACGAGGGCAAAGACAUACCACCUUCUGCCAGAAGCUUGCGGCCGGUGUAUUGGUCCAUAAAAAUAUGGAAGCCGAUGGUAUUAGCGACGAUGGCCUGGUAAACAGGGAAGAAUACAAUGAGAUUUACGGACCCUUAUUCUUCUCAUCUAUUCCAGAUAGCAUAUGGGACGAUAAAGGUCUCAUCGGAGAAGAUUUCGAUCUAACAAUCCAACAUCUUCGAGGAAUUGACAUCAUAAAGAAGUCUGAAGAUUCAAACGCAACUCGUAUGGCUAAGUCCCUGUUAGAUUUUCAUGCCAACUUCAUUUGGAUUGCCGAUCUCGACCCGGGGCAAAGCGUAUCAGGCAAAAGAAAGCACGAUACGAAGAAACACGCAAGAGCUGGCAGAAAGAGAAGUAAGAAAGGGAGUCCAGGACCCUUUCCUGCUGUCGAGACCGGCCACCCAGGAAGUACCAAACGACUUGGAGAAUUCAUUCCAGACGCGCAACUACUCACGGGAUUGACAAGUGAGAGAUCUUGCGUGCCCAAUAAUAUAGGGCCUGCUUCAAACUCUCUUGCGUGGCAGGCCUCAGAAACCAAUCAGUCCAGAGCAGGUCCAGCGCAGCAAGAGGAGCAGGAAUCUGGAAAUCAUACACAAGGAUCAGUCAGCAAUGAAGUUGCGUCCCGGUUCAACACGUUAGUGUAG